UGGUAUUCAAAGACGUUGACAAAAUAAAAAAAGGUCUUAUCAAAUUUACCCUUGUUUGCAAGUUAUGAAGACUGUGUUUUUCUCUCAGAGUCUCAGAGAGUCGACGAGGGGUAGCCCAUCAUUCUGUAAAGGGAGCUAUACAGUGGGUGAAAAGAUGAAUGGGCGUAUCAUUCCAGACACACCCAUCGUGGUGGAUUUGUGGAGGAGGCAAAUCAAUCCAUCCUCUAGGCUGUACUUCUUGUCUCAUAUGCACUCUGACCACACCCAGGGUCUCUCGGCUUCGUGGAGAUGGCCAAUUUACUGCUCUCCCAUCACGGCCAAGCUGUUAGUCGAGAAGUUCCAGAUACAAGUUGACCUCAUCCGACCGUUGGAGCUUAACACUAGCAACGUCAUUAAACUGGACCACAGCUGGAAGGAAACCAUGACUGUGACGCUCUUUGAUGCAAACCACUGCCCAGGCUCUGUCAUGUUUCUAUUUGAGGGUUACUUUGGCCGUGUCUUAUACACCGGUGACUUCCGCUAUGAUCCAGCGACUUUUCCUGCAUCAUUUCUUAGGUCGGAGCGGCCUGUGGAUCGAUUAUAUCUUGACAAUACUUUCAACAACCCGAGGUGUAAAUUCCCCAGUCGUGCCUGCUGUAAGAAGCAAAUAAUGGAGAUCCUUGGUGACCAUCCCAAGCAUGAAAUCGUUCUUGCCGUCUACACCUUAGGAAAGGAGGAUCUUCUUGUGGACAUAGCUCUAGCUCUUCAAACACGCGUAGUGGUCGGCCAAUCUCGGAUGAACAUGCUGCUACUGUUAGAGUUACGGGAUGUAUUCACAACCAAUGAAAACGAGGGGCGGGUGCGACUUGUCCGCAGACAAGCAAUCAGCAGGAAAAACAUGACUAAAUGGAAUGCAGAAGCCCCGACUAUUGCAAUCAUCCCCUCUGGACUCUUCUCAAUACUCGAUGGCAAGCCCUACGCUAACCAACAUGAUGUUUUUAUAGUUCCAUACUCUGAUCACUCGUCAUACCCCGAACUGCAGGAGUUUGUCUCGAGGGUGUGUCCACGUGCCAUCUACCCAAUUGUCAGAGAUUCAAAUUUAAUGAACUCAAAUUGCCCAGUCGCAGACAUGCACAACUUUGGCCAAUUUCUAGACCGGUCCCCAAUUAAGCAGUUUGAUAUUCCCCCGACAGUUCAACAUUACAUGUCUUCUGAUUUGUCUAAUCCAACUUCGGUUGUUGGAUUUUGUAAGAAGUUCAUCAACUUGAAGAGAGUUAAGAGUAGCAAUCCAAGAUGCAAUCAUGCUAAGGGAGUUGUGUUUGAGAAUAAUCGUGAUGUAGAUGAAGAGACGGACGGAGAACCGAAGGAGGAGGCGACCAGAUCACCAAGCUCUCCAAACAAGACUCAAUGUCAAGUUGAAAAGCAAGAACAGCAAGUCGAUGAAAAUGAAAACCACAGCAUCCUUAAAAUGUCUUCCUCUAAAGCCUUCAGAACAACUGAAAGUGUCAGCGAGCAAAAGGACGAAGGGUUGAAGAACUCUUUGGAGGAGGAGAGAUACACUGCUGUAGGGAUUGCUGGUAACUAUUUGCUAACGAAUGUUAGGGAAGACAGGCUGGCAGAAUCAAAAACAAGUAAAAUGCUAAGUCAAUCCAGCAGAGAGCCUACCACUAGUCUCUGCCCCAACUUGGACAAGAUGAAAACCAACCUGUCAUCAGGGAAGAAAGAUCUUGUUAACAAAAAGAGGAAACGGACAUCGAUGGAAGAAGCAAACUCAUCCGGGCUGGGUCGGGAUGAUGUAUUAAUCCAGACCAUGUCUAGUAAGAGGUCGAGAACUCUUCCACCUUCAUUUGUGGCCACCCCUACAACUACAAUAAAACAAUCCUCCGGUGUGAAACAUCAGCCGCCAAAGUUGUCGUCAUCCUCAGGAAUAACUGAAUUUUUCCAGAGAGUGAACCCGCAAACCCAACCAACGGACAAAUUAGACAGAGUCUUGGUUGAUUCUAAACAAACUUCAUGUAAUGCAAACGUCACCUCACUACACGGCGAAGGAAAAUCGAGAACUAUGGAACAAAAUCUGAUUUCUACAGUCCGCAAACCUAAUCAUGACAGUGAAUCCACAAAAAUGUCUUUCAAUAAAUCAAAAUCAAGUCAGAACAUUAUGCCAAUUUCAUUCAAGCAACACAGUGUCAAGCCAAAACUGAACCCAGUCAGUACAUUAAAUGAUAAAGAAGAGGCACUAGACGGGAUGACCCCUUCGCAACAAACGAAACGCAACUCUGAAAGAGGAACCUCCCCUUGUCACUGUUCACUAAAAUCCCAUCCUUCACAGGCCCCCUUCAACCAUGUGGUUGUUAUAAAACGAAAGCAUACAAAAGACAUAUCUGAAUUGCAGAAGAGGACAAAACUGACUGCAGCUUUGGACAAAUUCAUUUCAAAUCACUUGGGAUCAUAAUCAACCAAAUCAGUCGUUGAAUCAAAAGUGCAGGAUUACCUGUCAUAAAAAAAAUCACUUUACAAAUUCUCCAGAGAAAUAAUUUGCUGUUUGAAAUACUCAUGCUGUAUGCUUUUUUUUUUGAAAGGGCAUGGCACCAAGACAUUUUCUCCGUAGGUAAAGGCACCCUAUGAGAAAAUUGUAAACUGUUAAUUUAUACUGGGGCAUUUCAAGGGCACCAGUAGACAAUCGCCUUCAUUGCCUCGGUGAGGUACUGUAGCAGCCAUGGAUACUGUGCAAAAAAGAACUUUACAUUGGAAGGGCUGUACCCCCCCCCCCCCCCCCCGACGACAUCAACAACAACAACAUCAACAACAACAACAACAACAACAAAAGUUGAAGGUUUCGAUGAUUAGAAAAAGGGCUACCAAUAGGUUUUCCCUGUCAAUUUCAACAAAACAUAAUUCAGUUUAUUGGCAAGGAUUCAAGUUCACGCUCGUUUCCCAACGUGUAGUGUACUAGUUUACAUUAAAGCCAUUGGACACUUUCGGUAAACAGUAUUGUCCAAAGGCCCACACUUCGUGUAUCACAAUUUAU